UUCUUAUAAGGAAUAUGAAUGCAUCACGCAGAACAUAGGCGAGAGGGAUGUAAAUGUCUGAAAUCGACAUCGCUGUGGAUGCCAUUGCCUUGUAAAUGCGGAUUGUUUACCGCAGCCUGUGCAUCCUUUCCUCCCUCCACCUUUCCUCUUUCCCGUAGCUUCGGAGCGCUGGUGGUGAGGCAGCGGCUAAAGCUGCUCCCGCUGACCGAAGAUAGCGCCUGCAGAGCCGGCCACGGCCGUCACAUCACCCCGGGCCCCUGAAGGGUGCGAGACACAGCAAAGCAGGAAGCAAGCUUUUGAUGCCACAUCGUUGUGCAGCAUCACCCUUCCGUGAAAAAAGCGCACAGCCACUUCUGGAUUUUAGUAAUCUUCACCUCCGGAUUUUUUCAAAGAGUUUGGAUGUGCAGUAUGACAUGAUAUGGCUGUUCUUAAACUAGUCGACCAGCCACCCCUUGUCCAAGCCAUCUUUAACGGAGACCCCGAUGAGAUUCGUGUCCUCAUAUGUAAAUCAGAAGAUGUCAAUGCACUGGACGCUGAGAAGCGAGCCCCCCUUCAUGCAGCAGCCUUCCUCGGAGAUGCUGAGAUCACAGAGCUCCUCAUUGUUUCAGGGGCACGGGUCAAUGCCAAAGACAACAUGUGGUUGACUCCACUCCACAGGGCAGUGGCAUCACGUAGCGAGGAUGCUGUUCGUGUACUGAUCCGGCAUUCUGCUGAUGUUAACGCGAGGGAUAAGAACUGGCAGACUCCGCUGCAUGUCGCUGCCGCCAACAAGGCCCUGCGCUGUGCUGCGGUGAUCAUCCCGCUCCUGAGCAGCGUCAACGUUUCAGAUCGCGGGGGACGCACCGCCCUGCAUCACGCUGCCCUUAAUGGGCACACGGAGAUGGUUAGCCUUCUCCUGGCCAAGGGUGCCAACAUCAAUGCCUUUGACAAGAAAGACUGCCGUGCACUACACUGGGCAGCAUAUAUGGGUCACUUAGAUGUAGUGUGUUUACUAGUGAGUCAAGGGGCCGAGAUCAGCUGCAAGGACAAGAGGGGAUACACGCCUCUACACGCAGCUGCUUCCAAAGGUCAGAUCGCUGUGGUGAAACACCUGCUCAGCCUGGCCGUGGAGAUAGAUGAAGCCAAUGCCUUUGGAAACACAGCGCUGCAUGUGGCCUGUUUUAAUGGACAAGAUGCAGUGGUCAGUGAGCUGAUCGACUAUGGUGCCAAUGUCAGUUAUCCGAAUAACAAGGGCUUCACACCACUCCACUUUGCUGCUGCGUCCACUCAUGGUGCGCUGUGUCUGGAGUUCCUGGUCAACAGCGGAGCUGAUGUCAAUGUCAAGAGUCGUGAUGGGAAAAGCCCUCUUCAUCUGACCGCAGUUCAUGGACGAUUCACACGCUCCCAGACACUCAUCCAAAAUGGUGGAGAGAUUGACUGUGUCGAUAAGGAUGGAAACACUCCACUGCAUGUCGCUGCACGAUACGGCCAUGAACUUUUAAUAAACACUCUAAUCACGAGUGGAGCUGACUGCACCAGAAGAGGGGUACAUGGCAUGUUUCCUUUGCAUCUGGCUGCUCUGAAUGCUCAUGCUGACUGCUGCCGGAAGCUUCUCUCCUCGGGAUGGAUGUAUAGAAUAAUGUGCCCUCUCAGUAAUGAUUCGGUCCUGUCUGCAGGCUUCCACAUUGAUACACCAGACAACCUGGGAAGGACGUGUCUGCACGUUGCUGCUGCUGGCGGUAAUGUGGAAUGUGUGAAGCUAUUGCUCAGCAGUGGAGCCGAUCAUAACCGCAGGGACAAACAUGGAAGGACCCCUCUCCACUAUGCAGCAGCUAGCCAGCACUUUCAGUGUCUGGAGACUUUGGUGUCCUGCGGUACCUGCAUUAAUGCCACUGACCAGUGGGGGCGCUCUGCUGUGCACUACGCUGCUGCUUCGGACCUGGACAGGAGGCGGCGUGUGGUCCUGGAACCAGAGAGUGAUGGAGUUCAAGCCGAGAGGGAGAAGGAGGCAGCUCUGUGUCUUGAGUUCCUGUUGCAGCAUGGUGCCGCCCCAUCACUCAAAGAUAACCAAGAUUACAGUGCUGUUCAUUAUGCUGCAGCGUUCGGCCACAGACACUGUCUGAAACUGAUUUUGGACAAAGAUGAGAACCAACAAGAUGAGAUAGAGAACAGCCAAACCAGGAGCCCGUUGCAUCUGGCCGCGUACCACGGUCAUGCACAGGCUCUAGAAGUGCUCUUGGAGGGUCACUGCGAGGUGGAUCAGGUGGAUGAGGUGGGCCGGACUCCAUUAGCUCUUGCUGCCUUCAGGGGCCACACUGACUGUGCUCUGACACUUCUGAACCAUGGGGCCUCGCCGAAAAGCAGAGAUACUAUCCGAGGACGUACACCUAUUCACCUUGCAGUAAUGAAUGGUCAUACAUCAUGUGUGCGCCUCCUGCUGGAAGACUCUGAUAAUGCAGAUCUGGUAGAUACAGUGGACUCUCAGGGACAGACCCCUCUAAUGCUGGCAGUACUGGGGGGUCAUGUGGAUGCUGUGUCUCUUCUACUGGAGCGUGAGGCCAGUGUGGACUUGGCUGAUCAUCAAGGUCUGACUGCGCUUCACCUGGGGCUCUUGUGUGGACAGGAGGAAUGUGUUCAGUCCCUGUUGGAGCUGGAGGCAUCCGUGCUGCAGGGGGACUCCAAGGGGCGGACAGCUAUCCACCUGGCUGCGGCGAGGGGUCACGCAUCCUGGUUGAGCGAAUUGCUCAAUAUUGCGUGUUCUGAACCCCCGAUACCCCAAUUCCGAGACAACCAGGGAUACACACCUUUACACUGGGCCUGUUACUAUGGUCAUGAGGGUUGUGUGGAGGUCUUACUUGAACAAAGAGAUUUUCGUCACUUUGAUGGGAACCCCUUCACCCCGCUGCACUGUGCUGUGGUCAAUGGCCAUGAGACCUGUGCCAGCCUUUUAUUAGAAGCCAUGGGAUCUAAGAUUGUAACUUGCAAAGACUCCAAGGGCAGGACCCCUCUCCACGCAGCUGCAUUCGCUGGCCACGUAGACUGUGUUCAGCUUCUCCUGGCCCAUAAUGCAUCUGUGGAUGAGGUUGACCAAUCAGGACGCAGUGCCCUGAUUAUGGCAGCAGAGAAAGGAAGGGUCGAGGUUGUAGAAGAUUUACUUACUGUUUCCAACGUGAACCUCAAUCUGACUGACCAGAAGGGCAAUACAGCACUCCAUCUAGCCUGCAGUAAUGGAAUGGAGGAAUGUGCAUUGCUCAUUCUUGGAAAACUUCCAGACUCUGCCCUCGUUGCUACCAACGCUGCACUGCAAACACCUCUCCAUUUGGCUGCUCGCAGUGGGAUGAAGCAGACAGUGCAAGAGCUGCUCUCUCGUGGGGCCAGUGUUCAAGUACUAGAUGAGAAUGGUCUCACCCCUGCUCUGGCUUGCGCUCCCAGCAGGGAAGUGGCUGACUGUCUGGCUCUCAUUCUGGCUACCAUGAUGCCUUUCUGCUCCCCUUGCAGCUCUGGAGCUCCUUCCCCAGGUUCCCUGCUGAAAUCUCUGCCCCGCCAGGCCAAGAGCCCCCAAGACCCCCGCAGUCCACGGGACCCCUCCUGCCCCUCCAGCGAGGGCACGACCACUGAAAACGACUCGGACUCAGAGACAUUUUGACCCCGGCUCCUUCUAGAGGCUCUGGUGUUAGUUUUUAAAGGACAGAUCGUCAUGAACCUUGCAGAAGUUGUAUGGAUUUUUGAUUAUGGAAACAAGAGAUUAUAACAUAUAGCAGUCACGGUACACUUUUGUUCUGCCACACUUGUUUGCACGGGAGAUUUCGUCGAAAGCCAUUUGAAUCUCUUUUUAACACAGGCUGAUUGAUAAUGAUAGAUUGCUAAAUGCUGACUGACUUCUCACACUUGAAGGAUGAGAAUGUAAAAUGCGUGGCGUGGUGUGUCUUAGUCUGUGGACUUUUGAAAGCACAAACCAUGUGGAAGUUCACCCGUGUUGUCACUGUGGGACCAAACGAGAAAUCUAAUUUUUGGACCUACAGGGGAAUUGGCGUCACUGUUUCCAAUCUCACUUAGUAUUUAUUUGUAAGUAAACACUGGAAUACACUAUGCAACUUUUUCCUAAGUUUGUGCCCUGAUGAAUCAGUGCAGUUGCCAAAAGUCAGAGCCGUAUUGCAGAUUUGAUGUGACAGAUUUUA